AUGUUCCAAUCUGUCGUUUUUGACGACGAGGGCCGCUUCGUGUGCCUCCAAUCGUUCCUGCCUGCCCCCCUUGACCCUGAGGUCGAAGCCGUUUUCGACCUCCCUGAGGAGGAUUUCCUCGCCCUUUCCGCCGAGAUCUGCCGGGCCAAGAGAGAGGAGGAGAAGCCCAAGCCCCGCCCUCGAACCCGGACCCGAGCCCGAGCCUGA